AUGCUUCAGAUGAUUACUCCCUCUCCAACUGGAACAAUGUCAACUAUGGCACCAGCAGUCACAGAGUACUUCCGCGAUCCGAAUGCUAUGCUCUCAGAGGGCGUCACAUACAGCAUGGAGACCCGGGAGCUCUAUUGGGUAGACAUCUAUCACGCUCGGAUCCAUCGAGUGCUAGAUGUCGAUAACCCCGAGCAGAGCCACAGUACGUAUGAUAUCAACCCCGCGACAUACGGUGCUGCUUCUGCGUAUCCAGGCAGCGCAGACACCGCAGAGCGGGUCGGAUGUGUGUUCCCUGGCCUCGGCAAAGGCGGUAGGCUGCUCUUCGCUGCAAAGCGCGGCAUUGCCGAGUUGGAUUUGGAUAGUGGCUCCUGGAGGUACCUCUACCUGUACUCCGAGUCCGGGCUGAACAAAGCCUGGGAUCGGCUGCGCUCCAACGAUGGCAGCAUUGCUCCUAACGGGGCUGAAAUAUAUGUCGGACUCAUGGCUGACUUUAGCGUCGGCGGGCCAGACACGUCCAAUGCGCCCGAGGGCUGUGUGCUGCGGAUCCACCUCGAAGGAUGGCGGUGCCAGAUGGUUCUAGACGGGAUCCAUAUCCCGAACGCUAUCAAUUGGAGUGCAGAUGGCUCGCAAUUCUAUCUGACUGACUCGCUAGCAUUUACCAUAUGGGCGUGCCCGGUAGUGGACGGUAGCCCACAACUCCUCAAGAGAACCCCAUUCUACUGUACCAAAAAUACUGGCAAUGACUCACACACUUCGCCGGAACCGGAUGGUGGAUUUGUGGACUGCUUUACUGGGCACACUUUCGUGGCCGUGUGGUCCACUGGCAAAGUCCAAGAACUCGACAACGCAGGCAGACUAGUCGCUGCAUAUACACUACCGACGCCACGAGUCAGCAGCUGUUGUGCGGGCCCCGCAGGCGAACUGCUCGUGUCCACGGCGCACGCAGGCGAUUUCAAGACUGGCGCACACUCUGACGGCGUCGGAGGCAGCAUUUUCAGAGUGGUAAUCCCGGGCCGCCGCGUAGCCCAAGCCGCAUCCCCGCGUCUUGCGGAAGCAUCCUUUAAAUAA